UCCCUGCUGCGCGCGCAGCUUUCGCCCUGUCCCCGCCCCCUUGCCGCGCCGCCUGCUGGUCCCGCGCGCGCGGCCGAGCUUCCCUCAGAACGGCGGCAGCGGCGGCGCCAUGACGGCGGAGGAGCGCGGGGCUGAGGAGAUGAGCGCGGCGGAGGCGGCGGCCGCAGCGGCCGCGGAGGGCUUCGACAUCACCGCCAAGGGCGACGGAGGCGUCCUCAAGGUGAUCAAGAAAGAAGGGACGGGCACUGAAUCCCCCAUGAUAGGGGACAAAGUGACCGUCCACUACACCGGAUGGCUUCUGGAUGGCUCCAAGUUUGACUCCAGCCGGGACCGAAAGGACAAGUUCUCCUUCGAUUUUGGAAAAGGUGACGUCGCUGAAGUGGAAAAAUGGCCCUCUCUUCUCAAUGUUCUACUUAUUUAUUUCUAUCCCGCUUUUGUUGUUUCAGAAAUAGCUCAGUGAGGCCAACACGUACCCUCUUCCUAUUUCAUAUUCGAUUGCAAUAAUUAAGUUUUCCUGUCCAGAUUUCCACAGGGAACACAGCGGCCAUCGUCUGUCCCACUGUAACGUGGACUGACUUGCACAAAUUCAAUGCCAUAACUUAUUUUUUGCACGGCGUAUUAUUUGAUGGGGCCGGUGGAAUAUAAUU